AUCUAUGCAAUCACGAUCAAGCAUUGCAUAAAUAGAUGAGGUGAACGAGAAACAUAUUCACAACGCAAGAGAAUAAGAAGAGGGCAUUAAAGAUGUUUCUGAGCUUCUUCAAUGCUAAAUACAUGAUUUUGCUGAGCUGUGUGCUGGCGAACCUCACACUGGCCAAGCAAGGGCAGAAAAAAAUAUGUGACACUAGUUUGACGAUUUCCAAUGACUUUCAUGCCUCUCUGGAUGAGGACGCAAAGGGAAAUGGCAACAUCCACAACCGCUCACUAUCUGCAUGGACCUGGAUACCAAAGUAUUCACCACGCAGAAUACCGCAGGUCAUCUUUGAAGCCCAGUGCAGUUCAGAAUAUUGCACCCUUCCCAAUGGUGUGGAUACGAGACUGAACUCACUGCCCAUUUAUCAGGAGAUCCUGGUGCUAAAACAGGAUACGGAGGACAGGAAGUGCUUCAGGGCGACUUUUGAGAGAGUAAUAGUGGGCUGUACGUGUGUGUGGGCCAAAACCUCUUAAAAUUACUCGAAUGUUUCCAUGUUAAAAUUAACUUAUUUAUUUGUUUGAACUUAUUUAGUUGACUUUUAAUAUAGUUCCUGAAUGAAAUUUGUAUUAAAUUUUUGCAUUUAUUGAUUUGGAAGACACUUACAUUUAUGUAUUGAGUAUUAAUAAAAUAUUUAAACAUGUUUUUGAUAGUUUUAUAUUAAUCAUAACAUUUAUCUAUCACUGUCACGAUCAUUAUUGUGAACUCUCUGUAAGUCUUGAGGUAGUUAAACAUUGUAACACUUUUUUUUCAGAAAUG